AUGUAUCUCCUUCAAAAAGCGUAUAUGAUAAUGGUUUUCACUGUACCGAUAGCUGGGGUCAUCCUAAACACAUAUGUCUUACGGAAGCUGAUACGACUUGCAAGGAAAAGCGUUGUUCGCUUCGAAACCACGUCGGGAUUACCGCUGGCUGCCAUGUCGAUCGGAGAUUCCAUCACACUAUGCGCUCUUCUUAUGCAAGCAAUUUUCCACAUCACACCAAAAGGAGAAGUUCCAACCGUGGUCCUAAGCACAACUUGCAAGUUUGGCAUCUACCUAAUUCACUCAACAUCAGCAUUUUCUGUUUGGUGUUGGUUCUUUUUGUCUGUUCUCCGAUACGUUGCAGUUUUCCAUCCAUUCAAAUAUCGAACUAUUUGGAGGCAGCCAAGGAAUGCAUUGAAAAUUUUGGCUGGAGCAGUAAGCGUGUUUCAAAUCUACACACUCGCUAUUGUAACUUAUCGGGAUAAGGAGAAAAUGUGUGGAGAAUAUGAUGUGUUCCACGAAAGUGCUUGGAAACAUAUUCAUUUGGUAGAUAUCUUUUUGUUCUACGCGGUGCCUUCGUUAUUACGGAUAACUUUGGACUUCUUGGUCCUUAUUCAUUGUUACUCUCCAUUCUCAAUGGAUGGCUUAGAUCGGGUUACUGUAGAUCGAAGAUAUGCCAUCAGUGGAACAACAACCAAACGAUUUUCCACACCCGGUGAAACGGAGAGCUUGGAUAACAAAGCUCAUGUGGCUCUAGCUAUUUCUAUCACUGCUAACACUUCGAGUGUGAAACGCGUCCAUUACGGUAAUCCAAAAAAGAAGACGGCAAUGGUGAUGCGUUCGAUUUUGAUCUCCGUGCUCAAUCUUUUCCUAAACCUUCCCUCCCACAUCCUUCGUGCCUGGGCUUCAUAUGACGAACGAAGUUUGGAGCAUGAAUUCGUGCAAGUCCUAGAACCGAUCGCUCAAAUGAUGUAUUUCUCUCAAUUCGCUUGCAACGCGUUCUACUUGGCUACAUCGAUCUAUGAAACUAGCGGAUCGCCCAGAAACACAGUGAUUUCCAGCAGCAAUCGCCAUGUUUCUAGAUGUAUUUCCGAGGAGGAAGCUUAA